AUGCCAGAUGCCGACAUUUUCCGCAUCGGCGACGUCUUCUACUACUCGAGUUCUACCGUUACCUUUUCACCCGGUGUGCCACUUUACAAGUCUUAUGAUUUGGCCAACUGGACUCCAGUCAGCCACAGCGUGCCAACGCUUGAGUUUGGGGACACAUACAACCUUGGCACUUCAGACCGCGCUUAUGUGAAGGGUAUAUGGGCCAGUACGGUGCGCUACCGUAAGUCUACUGAUACCUUCUACUGGAUUGGAUGCAUUGAAUUUUCCAAGACCUACAUCUACACUUCUUCUGGAAGCAACGCGGCAGCCAACAAUGGCGAGGUUUCCUCCUGGAAUUGGCAGAUAGCAGGCGUCAUCGACAGGUGUUAUUACGAUCGCGGGCUCCUGGUUGACGAUGACGACUCUAUGUAUGUUGUUUACGGCAACACCAACGUCUCAGUGGCACAACUAUCAAGCGACGGCUUGAGCGAAGCCAGCAACCAGGAAGUCGUCUCAGGCGGGGACGUCUACAUCGAAGGAAGCCACAUGUACAAGAUCAACGGCUAUUACUGGAUCAUACCCACCAAGGUUGCGACCGGGGAAUGGGCAUACCGUUCCACAAGCCCCUGGGGUCCAUAUGAGCAACAUGUCUUCUAUGACUUCCUCGACGCCCCGCUUGCUCAAGCUGGAUGGCCGCAUCAGGGAGGCAUGGUGGAGACUCAGGCCGGGGACUGGCACUAUGUCGCAUUCAUUGACGCCUUCCCUGGAGGCCGCAUUCCUGUCAUGGCUCCUGUCGAGUGGGACUCGGAGGGGUGGCCAUACAUUGUGACAAACAGCUCAGGCGGCUGGGCGACAGAAUACCCUAUCCCAGUUGCGACUACCCAGACAGUCCAACCACCGGUUGGCUUGGACACAUUCACGACGCUGAGUGACGAAUGGGAAUGGAACCACAACCCCGACACCUCUAGCUGGAGUCUGGCCGGGGAAGGCGGGAUCACCCUCAAGACCGCGACCGUCACAUAUGACGUCUACGAUGCGAAAAACACGCUCACACGCCGGGUGCUCGGGCCAAGAUCAGAAGCCAUCUUCGAAUUCAACAUUAGCCAGAUGACCAACGGCGACUGUGCUGGCGCAGCCAUGUUCCGGGACCGCUCUGCCUAUAUUGGCGUCCACAAGAGCGGAGACGCAGUCAUGCUGGUGUACGUCAACGGCCUGGAAUUGGCUGACUGGAACUGGGCCACCGCGUCGAGAAGAUCACAGCAGCUAUCGCACCUGCACUAG